AUGUCGGUCCAGCAGCGUGACGAAGAGGCACAGGCCCCCUUCAUGCCAGGGUGCCGGGGUGCGCAGUGCAUACAGGGUGUCGUCCAACGAAUGCGCCGCCGACGCGCCGAUCGCCGUGCGGCGAGAGCUGCCCCAAACUCCUCGGAGCCUGGCCGGGAUGCUCUUCCCGCAGGAGCGGUCGACAACAUUUGCAACCGCGUGGACCAGGGUGAGUCUUGGCAGGAGCCACUCGGCCUGGUGGGAUCGGAAAGUGCGGCAAGUGGCGGCCUUUUCGCGCCAACAGACUUCGACGAGGAUCUCUUGGGCACUUGCAGCAGGAAGUUCUCCAUGAAUCGCCUUUUGAAGCGGUUUCGGAAGCCGCAGGCGCUGGGAGACGAAGUCAGCCAACUGUUGACACAGGCGCUGGCCCUGACCGACUACAAAGAGGAGAUCUGUGCUGCCGCCAUGGAGAACGUCGACGCGCUGCUGGGGCGGAAUCGAGAGCUGCACAUGACCAAGAGCAACUGGAGACCCAUCCUGGUCGCCGCUUUGCACCUCGCCUCCAAACCUCGGAAGGACGUCGGGGCCUGGAAGGCGGCCUUCGAGAACCGGCUGCAAGUUCUGCUAGGCCUCCGCUCCUCGGCCUUUGAGCAACUGGAGCAAAUGAUGCUCGUCGGUUUAGGCCAAGAUCCGCAGGCAGCUGCUCUCAGAGACUACACCUUAGGGCCCGCGAUUGGCGAAGGCUCGUUUGCAAAGGUCAAACGGGCAACCCGCAUCUCGACAGAUGAGACUGUGGCUGUGAAAAUCUUUCACAACCGGUCAUGGCGCGAUGCGAAGAAGGUGCGAGACGAGGCGCAGAUUUUGAAGCGCUUCUGGCACCCCCACAUAGUGAAGAUGCAUGAGACGAUUUCGACGCGCUGUCGAACGUUUGUCAUCAUGGAGUACGCAUGCGGUGGGGACAUGUUUGAAUAUGUCCGCAAGCAGCGGCGCCUCGACGAGCCAGAGGCCCGCCGCCUCUUCCGGCAGAUCAUUGCCGGCCUCGCAGAGGUUCACGCCGCGAACGUCGUGCACGGAGACCUCAAGCUCGAGAACCUCCUCCUGGACGAGGAGCGGAAUGUCAAGAUCGCGGAUUUCGGCCUGAGCACAGCACUCGAGCCUGGGGAAACGCGGAUCACAACAACGGGGGGGACCCCGGAGUACGCGGCCCCAGAAGUUCUACAAGGCAGAAGGUGUGUCCCGUACGCCUCCGACCUUUGGAGCUGUGGGGUCAUCCUUUACAUCAUGAUGUGCGGGCACAGGCCGUUUAAGGGCCGAAACGAUCGCGACCUCCGCCGAAAGAUCUCCUCUGCGAACUACAAGAUCCCCGUGUUCAUCUCCACGGAAGGAGUCGGCCUGAUCGCCGGCCUGCUCAGAAUAAAGCCCUGGUCCCGCUUCUCCAUCGGGCUGGUUCGGGCCCAUGCCUGGUACCGCCGAAAGGAGGCCUUGCCGAAGGAUGCUACUGAGACCUUGCAGGCGAAGACAGGGCACGGCGGGUGCAGCAGCCUCAUGAGGAAUGCCCGGUGCGCGGCCCGCUUCACGCCUGCUGAGUUGGACGAGCGGAUCGCAAGUCCAGGGACUGCGCGGCCCCAGAAGUUCUACAAGGCAGCGCGAAGGAGUCGGCCUGAUCGCCUGCCUCCUCAGAGCAAAGCCUUGGUCCCGCUUCUCCAUCGCGCUGGUUUGGGCCCAUGCCUGGAGGCCUUGCCGAAGGGAACUACUGAGACCUUGCAGGCGAAGACAGGGCACGGCGGGUGCAGCAGCCUCAUGAGGAAUGCCCGGUGCGCGGCCGGGAGUUGUUCAGUUGAGCCGAGUGAGCAGGCGGUCUAG